AUGAACUGGAGACCCGGAGCCGUGGCUGAUAAAGCCAAUGGUCAGGAAAAUGGCCAUGUGAAAACCAAUGGCGACGUAUCCACCAAGCCAGAUGGAGAAGCCGUGGCAGCAGACGGAAAUGGGACCACGGAGGUUGCCAAGGAGGAGGGAGAUGGCAUUGAAGCCGCUCCUGCUACCGAAGGUGACGCCGCCAAAUCCGAUGGCGAAGCUGCAAAGGAAACCAAGAAGAAGAAGAAAUUCUCACUGAAGAACUCCUUCAAAUUCAAGGGCAUUUCCCUGAAGAAGAACAAGAAGGGAAGCGAGGAGGCAGCAGAGCCCGCGGCCACGCCCACCGCCGAAGACAAACCCGAGGAGACCGACCAGGCUGCUACUGAAACCAAAGAGGAGGAGCCUGCUGCGGCAGAAACCAAUGAGACACCGGUACCUGAGGCAGAGGCAGAGCCCAAAGCAGAGGCGGAGCCUAAAGCAGAAGAGCCCGCCCAGGAAACAGAAGCCGCGCCCACAGAGGAGACCACAAAAUCUGACGAGACCCCAGCCCCUGCUGAAGAGACCACGCCCACCACAGCCUCGGACCCGGAGCCGGCUGCAGAGUGACCUCACUUCACUGUGGCAACCUAGACUGUUUAUCUUUAUCCUUUUUUUCUUUUUGAGAUUGAAAUAUAUAAAUAUAUAUAUAAAUAUAUGAGACUUGAGCCACAAUCUUAAAGUUACAGCAAUACUACAGAGAAACCAAGUUCUUUUACCACCUUUGCUGAUAACAGUCUCUAGUUCACGGUUUGUCCGGUCCGGUGUCAGUGAGCUCUGUGCUGCCGCAUGUCAAGAGCAUUUUUUUUAUUUUUUGGGAAACGGGCCAGGAAUUGCUCUGUGUAUGGAUUGGAACGACUGAUGGAAUUUCCGCCUCAGCGGAUGGAAGAGCGUGGCUCCCUGUUCACAGUCUUCAGUCAUUUGUCUCUUUAAACUUCAUCUGAUCCUUGAUUUUUCAGGGCUGAUGAGUGAAAUGACAAAUUGUCCUCUUAGGAGAUGGUUAUGGGACGAUGUAAAACUACAAAUAAAAAAAAUAAAAUCUUUUUUAUAGUGUUUAAAUAGCUCUACAUUCCAAUUUUUUGGCCCUGAAGGGUGUCAGAAGAUCUGGGCGAGUGAAUAGGUUUUAGUCUUAGUCUGUUUUUAAUGAUGUUUUACAGUUUUAAUCAGAUCCAGCUACACAUUUCAAAGUUUGUGACAAAGGGGAGUUAAACCACUGCUUUUAUUAAAUAUAUAUUUUUGUUCUGUUAAGUCUCUGUACAUACAUUUUCUGACUCUUUAUUUUGCUAACAUUUCCAGGUGUUAAUAAGAUGUUGUACGAUUAGGCCAAAUAAAUGUUUGACCGAC